GCAUGACUUGAUGCGCGCACUCCACAUGCAGUUAAGCUGGUGAUCCCGCGCCGGGAGGCGGCCAACUUCCGGACGAUGAUCGGGAUGAUCGACGGGAGGACAGAGCUGAAGCCGGCACCAGCAGCAUCUGUCGGCGACAUGCGGCAGCUGCAGGUGCUCGACGUCGUGGUCUCCGGCGAGGUGGCGGACCUUGAGAGCGGCGGGUACGUGACGGCUGGGACGCCCCUCGUCCUGCGCCAGUACCUCAUCCUCGAGAUCACAGUCAUGGCGGCCAAGAUCGCGUACGAGAACGCCGCCUUCGUCAAGAACGUGGUCAACAACGUGUGGAAGUUCAAUUUCGUGGGGUUCUACAACGGCUGGAACAAGUUUCUCAAGGAGGACACGACACAGGCGUUCGUUUUCACAGAUCGGGCCAAGGAUGCGAGCGUGGUCGUGGUGGCGUUCCGUGGCACGGAGCCAUUCAACAUGCAGGACUGGUCGACAGACGUGAACCUGUCAUGGCUGGGCAUGGGCGCCAUGGGCCACGUCCACGCCGGCUUCCUCAAGGCGUUGGGUCUCCAGGAGGAGGACGGCAAGGACACCAACCGCGCCUUCCCCAAGGACGCCCCCAACGGCGCCGCCCCCAUCGGCAAGCACAUCGCCUACUACAAGCUCCGCGAGGUGAUCCGCGACCAGCUCAAGGCGCACCCGCAGGCGCGGCUCGUCAUCACCGGCCACAGCCUGGGCGGCGCGCUCGCCGCCGUCUUCCCGGCGCUGCUGGCGCUGCACGGGGAGACGGAGAUCCUGGGCAGGCUCGGCACCGUGCAGACCUACGGGCAGCCGCGCGUGGGCGACGCCACCUUCGUCAGCUUCUUCCGGGCCGAGGUGGAGAAGGCGACGGCCUUCUACCGCGUGGUGUACCGCUACGACGUGGUGCCGCGGGUACCGUUCGACGCGCCGCCCGUGGCGGAGUUCACCCACGGCGGCUCCUGCGUGUACUACGACGGGUGGUACGACGGGAAGGUGCUCCCCGGCGACGCGCCCAACCCCAACUACUUCGACCCGCGAUACCUGCUGUCCAUGUACGGCAACGCGCUGGGGGACCUGCUCAAGGGGGCCUUCCUCUGGACGAGGGCCGGCAAGGACUACCGCGAGGGCCCCGUCUCCCUGCUCUACCGCGCCUCCGGCCUGCUCGUCCCCGGCCUCGCCUCCCACAGCCCGCGCGACUACGUCAACGCCGUCCGCCUCGGCCGUAUCGCGCCCAAGUCACUCCUCUAAAAGUCUAACUCAGACCCACUGUGUGUGUACGACCACAAGAGAGAGAAUUGGUGAUGAAUAAGUUGUUGUUUCGGUUGUGUCGUGUCGUGUCGUGUCGUAUCGUGUGUGUGCUAUAUUAAGCCUAGUACGCUUACGUGUUCCCCUGUGUGCAUGCCUGCCGCUCUGUCUCGGCAAUAAAUCGAUCCAAGGCCUUUAUGAAUAUAAUGCAAUUGAAGGAGCUA